GUUCACGUGACGCGAGGCGGGGCGGGGCGGAGCGGGCAGGUGGGCGGGAGGAAACCGAACAGCGGGAUCGGCGGCUGCGGCGGCGCACUACCGGCAUGGCCGCUCUCUACGGGGGUGUAGAGGGGGGAGGCUCACAGUCCAAGGUCCUUUUACUCUCAGAGGAUGGGCAGAUCCUGGCAGAAGCGGAUGGACUCAGCACAAACCACUGGCUGAUCGGGAAAGACAAGUGUUUGGAGAGGAUCAACGAGAUGGUGAACAGGGCCAAGAUGAAAGCGGGGGUGGAUCCUCUGGUCCCUCUACGAAGCUUGGGCCUGUCCCUCAGCGGAGGGGAGCAGGAGGACGCGGUGAAGAUGCUGACGGAGGAGCUGAGGGACCGAUUUCCCUACCUGAGUGAAAGCUAUUUAAUCACCACCGAUGCUGCCGGCUCCAUCGCCACGGCUACGCAGGAUGGUGGGAUCGUGCUCAUCUCUGGGACAGGUUCCAACUGCAGGCUUAUCAACCCGGAUGGCUCCGAGAGUGGCUGUGGCGGCUGGGGCCACAUGAUGGGGGACGAGGGCUCAGCCUACUGGAUUGCACACCAAGCAGUGAAAAUAGUGUUUGACUCUAUUGACAACCUAGAGGCGGCUCCUCAUGACAUUGGCUACAUCAAACAGGCAAUGUUCAACUAUUUCCAGGUGCCAGAUCGGCUAGGAAUCCUCACCCACCUGUAUAGGGACUUUGAUAAAUGCAGGUUUGCUGGGUUUUGCCGGAAAAUUGCAGAAGGUGCUCAGCAAGGAGAUCCCCUUUCCCGUUUUAUCUUCAGGAAGGCUGGGGAGAUGCUGGGCAGACACAUUGUGGCUGUGUUGCCUGAGGUUGACCCGGCCUUGUUCCAGAGGGAGAUGGGCCUCCCCAUCCUGUGUGUGGGCUCUGUGUGGAACAGCUGGGAGCUGCUAAGGGAAGAUACCAGGAGUAACUAAUGGGAUUCCAUGCUAUGAAGGUGUUAGAGAUGGAUAUAUUUAUCUCUCCUGAGCCUCAAACAGCCUUGUGACCAAGCAAAAGCAUGGAACAAGAACGGGACUCAAAUGAAGCCAGCACUGCUUUACUCUACCUGUGGGAUUUCAUCAACAGCACAGCCUCAUCUGUAUCAUUCAUUCAGCAAGCACUGAAUGUCUCAUGGCUGUGAUGGGUGCUCUGAGGAUUAAAAAUGAGUACACCCCUAUACCUCCUACCAACUGAGAAGUUGACAAAAAUUUAUGGAACUGCAUGUUUACAAUAUCUGCUUUUCUGUAAUCUACCUCAGUUAAGUUUAAUAAAAUGUUUUAGUGAAUGAAUACAACAUUCCCAUCUUCAAGGAUGUGAAUAAAUGAAUAGACAUAACUAUAGUAUUUCAAAAAGGUCUAAACAGGCAAAUCAGCUCAGAUUCCCCCCCCGCCCAAAUCCUGGUUUUAAGAAGGCAGCAAAGAAAACCAGCACUCGAAGCAAAACCCGUGGCCCAUGAGCCAUGGGCGGGUCUGACGAUUUUGUCAUAUGACAAAGCCCCUCAAGAGAAUCACUGGGAGAUUCAAGCUAGGUGUAACCUGAAUAAAUAUGAGUUCUCAAACAUCCCCACAACAGAACGGACAAUGUCCAGUUGUUAACCCAGUAGCUCUGGUACCUAGGUCAGUCCUUGGUACCUAGCAGGGUCUCCGACUUUUUCAGGAUUUGAAAGGCAGAUAGAACUUUUACAUGUUUUCUAGAUCGGAGUCUGUUUUCCCCAGAGGCAGGAAGAGAACAGCUAUCCAAUUUCCUUAACUUCCUUUCAACUCCAAGGAUUUCCUGUUAAUCAUCUUUGUUCAAAGCUGUACAGAGGGACGCUUGGGUGGCUCCGUCAUUUAAGUGUCCGACUUCAGCUCAGGUCAUGAUUUCUUGGUUCAUGAGUUCAAGCCUCACAUUGGGCUCUCUGCUGUCAGAAGCCUGCUUUGAUCCUCUGUCUCCCUCUUUCUCUGCCCCUUUCCUGCUUCCGUGCGCACAUACUCUCUAAAAUAAACAUUAAAAACAAACAAACAAACAAACUGUGCAUGUUACUGCCGCGACUGCCACUAAGAAUGAAGCACCUUCCCUAUGUCAAGCAGUAUUUUGAGAUUAAAUGCAGUUUAAUUUUCACAACAGCCCCAGGAGGGUGGUGUCACAUCUUUAUAACUGAGGUGCAGGCUGAAGGCACCAAGAAAGUGGUGGAGGUGGGAUUCACUUGGCAUGGUGAUUCCAAAUCAAUGCUUUUACUACUUCCUAACACUAGAAUGAAAAAUGCAACUAAAACCACGUUCCAUCUUGGGACAAAAAUCUCACACAUACACUCCCUGUAUGAGGACAUAUAAUUCAACCUUAGGAAAAACAGUAUGCUGCCAGCAGUAAAUGCAAUUUAUUCUCAUUUUAUUGAGACUUUCCACAGCUGCCAUUUGGUUUGUAUAGCAAAAUUUUUAAAAAGUAACUUUUUUCCCAUUUUUUAUAUUUUUAUGAAAAUCAUUUCUUCAAUUUUAAAGCCCUCCCC